AUGGCUAUAACUUCUGCUGCACUCACAGCCAAGGCAAAGUUCUCCAUUCACUCCUACUUUGAUACUUGGAACCGAGUCCUGCUUGAUGGCUUCUUUGGUGGGCUUAUGGUAUGUUUCUCGUCGUUUGUCACUAUUUACAUCUUGCGACCAAUCUUUUUCUUUCUUUUUUCCAGAAACGAGAUCUUAGAAGUGGACUUUUCUGAUCUUGGUUUGCCCCACACAUAA